AGGAGGAGGAGGAGGUGGUGGUAAAGGUGGAGGUGGCGAGGCUCGUGGCGGCGGCGAAGGAGACGCGGACGUCCACGCGGGUACACGAGGCAGGCACACCCGGCCGGCACGCACACCCAUAUUCUAAGAUGUGAUUUCAAAAAUGGCGGAUUGCCCCUAUGCCCGCUGUAUACAGGAACGCAGACAUAUCCGACGGGAGCUGCUGCGAUGGACAAAGAAUAUGGUCUUCGUAGUCGGUCUGGAACGAGUAGCGGAGGAGUUGAUGGGCCGUAGGAGAUGGAAGCAAUAUCAGGACACCCUGUACAGCGGCACGCGCAUCAGCGAAUCAACGACGACGACGACGACAGCGGCACAGCCCCUCCAUCGGCUUUACCCGGCGUUGUCACCGUCUUGCAAUCCGGUGCUCGGGAAUCUGGGCCAGAUUGGGCCAGCUCACCUGCUUCAUCCAACUCCGUCGCCAACCGUUACGCCGGCAGGAGCUACGACGGUUCUUGCGACGGGUUUAGCGACGGGUCUGGCAACGGGGGUGACGACGGGGGUAGCGACGGGGGUCGCUACGGGGGUGGCAGGAGUGCCUGGGAGCUUGGUUGCUGCCACGGCUACGACGGCCACCGUCGUACCCACGGUCGGUCACCUCAAACAGGACGUCUCUUCUCUUCAGAGGCAUCAUCCUCAAAAUCAUCAUCAUCAUCGACAUCCUCACUCUCAUCUCCAUACGCCGUCCUUGCUGGCCCAGGAUCAGCUUUAUCAGCAAAAGCAACAGCAGCAGCAGCAGCAAGAGGAAUCCAGACGUUUGAGACCGGAGGAAAUAAAGAUCGAAGCGGACGAAGAAGAGUCCGUAGAAGUCAGUGGUGGUGGUGGUGGUGGUGGUAUCGUCGUACGAGAGAACGCGAGGACAGCGGAUUUGGCGACGAGUACGACCUCGACGCAAACGACGAAUACGGGUACUGUGACGACGACGUCGACGACGACGACAACGACGGCAACGACGACCACAACCACGACCACGACGAGUACGUCGACGACAACGUGCGUCGCGACGUCAACUACAUCGGUUACAUCGACGAAUCUGCUCUCGUCGAGAAGACGGCGUCGAACGAAAAGACAAAACGACGGAGAGGAAGCCGACGCCGAGGAAGAGGAGGAAGGAGAGGAGGAGGAAGGAAACGAGGAGGAGGAUUCGAGGACGCGAGAGGAACCGGAAAAACGGUUGAAACUCGACGAGGACGUCGAUAGGUCCGUCAGUCCUCACAGAACGGAUAUAGAAAGAACGUCUCGCAAUCUUUCGGCUACCAACGGCACGGACGACAACGCGGAAGGGACCAAGGAACGGACAGGAGAGCUCGCGUUGGAACGGAUACCAGUGACGCAAGCUUUACUGAGAGUAAAAAAAGAAGAGGAAUUACAGGAGGUGCCAGGUUUAGGAAUCGAAAGGACGACGACACCGGCAUCCGAUUCGGAAGGGACCAGAAGAAUCGGAGGAGGUGCCGGAGGUGGUGGUGUUGGUGGUGGUGGUUGUGGUGUUAUCUCAAACGAGGCUGAAAUCACGACGAAAACUAUCGUUCCGCCGUUUCUUCUAGCGAGUCGACGUGCAAGUCCACCGCCGGAAGAUUGGAAGCCUCUCGACAAGUGUUACUUCUGCCUAGAUGGCAAGCUGCCCCACGACGAUCAAGCGCCGCUCAGUCCACAGAGCGACAGCAGCAGUAGUUCGCGAUCGGUGGAGUCACCGAUGUCGGUCCAAGUCGACCCAAUGGCGGCGUCCGUCGUCGCGGCCGCUCUCAGCGGUACUUACCCGACUUUAUUGCCUCAGUGGUGCUUACCACCAAGAGAGGCACCUCUCGUCGGGGUACAGGCUCAUCAGGACAGUGCCACGUCGGUCGAUCAACCACUCGAUCUCUCGGCGAAACCGAAAAAUUCUCAGGAUAACAACAUAUCUCCCCUGGAACAACAGAAAAUACCUCUGAGGAUGCCCACGGGUAUCGACUCCAAGAGCAUCUUCAACUCGUGUUACCGCGCGAAACCGCGUAUUGCCGUGCCGGUGACGGCAGCAGCGGCGGCUGUAGCGGCGGCAGCAGUGGUGGGUGCAGGGGGUAGCGUCAGCCGGAAGACUUACACCGAGGAGGAACUACAGGCCGCCCUAAGGGACAUCCAGAGUGGAAAACUCGGCACGCGAAGGGCAGCCGUGAUUUAUGGGAUACCACGAAGUACCCUACGCAACAAGGUCUACAAGCUUGCGAUGGAGCGCGAAAGGGAUGCGUCCCUCUCUAGCACCCAUUCACACCCUCACGAGUCCGGCGCCCCAGCCACCACCACCACCACCAUCACCACCACCACCACCAUCACCACUACAACACCACCAAAUACGACCCAAAACGCGACCACUCCGCCCCCGCAAGUGGAUGAGUUUAACACGCGGCCACUCGGCGUUCGCGAGGUUGCAAGGCUCGAGGUGGACGAGAAGGAACUAUCGGGAGCAGAAGAGGAAAAAGAGGUCGAGAAGGCACUCCUGAAACCUUUGUUGUCGUUGGAAGACCUAGUAAGGUUUUCCGCGCUUGAAGGUAGCGGUGGAGAUUCCCUGAGGACUCUGCUUCAGCGAGGACAGGAUGCGGGUCAGGAAUGGCCAGGUUUGGAGCAUGCAAACAUCGGUCCGUACAUUCAAAAAAUGUUGGCUGCGGCAGCACCGUUCAAAGGAAUAGAAACACAAGACUACCGCAUUCCGGAGGUGAUGAGGAGGUUAAUGAGCGAGGAUAAGAGAUUAAGUAAGAGCGUGAACGGAGAUCAAGGACAGGCACAGCAUCAGCAACAACAACAACUUCAACAUCAUCAGCAUCAUCAUCAUUCGGUAUCGGCGGUAGGACAUCAACAAAGUGGCCCACAAACGAGUGUGCAAUCGGUGACGCAACAGCAAACGCAUCAACAUCUCCGGACACCGAUGACCAACGAUGAUUUUAAUCCGAGCAUCGAGGAAGAGGCGAGCGAUAGUGCUCAAGGCAGAGCAAUAUUGAAGAUUCCGUCCUACAAGCCAGCGAGUACGCCAAGUUGUUCGAGUAACAAGAACGGCGAACCGACGUCGGCUGCUUUCGCUCAGGGAUUCGCGGCAACGGCUUCGAGUCCGAAUCUUCUGGAACGUGCUAGCCCAGCGUUCUCGGGGACGAGCAGCCCGACGAACUCCCUGGUCGGCAAGGCGGUGCCUGUUAAUUUUCGUGACGUCAUCGCGAAGAGUAUCAGCGUCAAGUUCCAAGAAGGUCAACAGGCAGGUGUUACAGGUGGAUUAGCGGCUUGUCAAGCGAGUACAGUGGUACAACCGCAGCAACCGAUGAUGCCCGAACCGAGUCCAUUCAAAAGAGGCCGUUAUACGCCACCUCAACCAGCGCCACCUGUUCAGCAAGCUCAACAGAAUAAGCCGCAAAGUCAGGAGGCCAACAAGCCGAAACCCGGUACUGGUGGUAAAGGAACUAGACCAAAACGCGGAAAGUAUAGAAAUUACGAUAGAGAUAGUCUCGUCGAAGCCGUGCGUGCGGUUCAACGAGGCGAGAUGAGCGUUCAUCGAGCUGGUAGCUACUAUGGCGUGCCGCAUUCCACCCUCGAGUACAAAGUUAAAGAACGCCACCUCAUGAGGCCACGCAAGAGGGACCAGAAGCAACCGGACGACAAGACGAAAGAUGGAACGAGUACGACGACGGCGGCAGCGGCAGCUGCGGCCGCGGCGGCGGCUGCUGCGGCAAUGAGACCCGGUACAGCUGACAAAAAGGCACCGCUGAAGACUCAAAAACCGUUCACCCCGGCCAGUGGUAUUCCUGGUCCUAAUGGACUGAAGAUGCCACCUUUCAUCGAAGGCAUGCCGCACUUACCUUUUCCACCUUUUAACUUUUGGAGUCCUGCCCCGUUCUUACCCUCACCGUUCAUGCCGGGUGCCGCCAAUGUACCGACCAUCCUUCCGGAGCAAUACUUUGCGUCACAAAGGAUGCGUGGCUUGCAAGAACAGCAAAGAAGCGCAGCGAUUGUUCAACAACAGCCGCAUCAACAGCAUUCGCAGCGAGAAAGAGAGGCCGGGGCGACCGUCUCGAGCACGGAAACGCCCGGUACGUCGACCGCAAGAAACGCGACGAUCGCUAAGGCACCACGGGAAAUAACGGAGAGUCUUUACGAUGGUAGCGGAGCGAAUGGAAGUUUUUUGGACAAUCUGAUAAGGUCGAGUCUUGAGACCGGUAUACCUAGGGAUCAGCGAGUCUUGACGGAAACGAGAAGUCAACAGCAACAAACGUCGUCGUCGUCGUCUACGUCGUCGACUUCGUCUCAGCAACAACAACAGCAGCAGCAGCAGCAACAACAACAGCAACACCCAGAAACGAUGAGCGGCAAGGCCUUGAUCGAUCAACUAUGUAGGAAUUCGAGGAGGACACCGUUGCCGCGUAUAACGCAAGAUAGUAGCGAGGAUGAGAGUUAUAGGGGACCAUCGGGAACUUCCGGUAGACUCGAUAGAGUACCAGAGAGACCGGAGAGGGUACCUACCGUUGAUCUCAGCCCAUCGCCCUCCGAGAGGGCUCGUACCGACGAUGGCAGCGAUCGUUUGACCUCACCGCCGACGCCUCUUUCGAUCUCCCGUGCGGGAAGCAGGGACGAGGACAGUACUCGCGAUUCGAGGUUAGAUCGUGCCAGUAGAGAACGCGAAGUUCAUAACGGUGCCGCUCAGGAAGAUCGAGGUGCCCUCGGUACGCAGCAACAGCAACAAUUGAAUCAUUACCCGGACUUACACAAUCUUUAUGCCGUAUCAACUGACAAAAAAAGUGCCUGUGAUAGUAAGCUUAUAGUAGAUCAUUCGAGCCAGAAGACUCAACAACAGCAACAACAACAGCAACAGCAACAACAGAAGGAAUAUGCCGCGGUAAGCGGCUUGGUCGUGCAACUGCAGAGGGGCUACAACACCGGCAGCAGCAGGUCCGCCGAGCAAACGAACAGCCAACAGCCGGCGGAACAACGUGGACCUGUCAUCGGUAUGGAAGACUCCGUAGAGCAGUAGACGAAAGUCAGUAUCAGUUAUCAGUAAGGUAUAGAAUUAUGAUAACGGUAAUCGAUUUCGAACGUUAAUCCUGUAAAACCUUUUUCCAUUCAGAAAGUUCUAUAUCACGCCUGUCUCACAUCCUAUUAUUCGUCCUUGAGCGCGAACAGUUUCAUUCGAAUUCGACGAUUCGAUUACUGGCGGUCAAUAAGAAAGAUUAGGAGACUGUUUGAACGUAAUACAAGGACUAUCCCGAUAUUCCUCGACUUCGUUCGAAAACUGUACUGGAAGAAGGUACUAGCAAUUCUUCGAAACCUCCUACGACGGAGAUCGGUGAAGAUCGGUAAGAGAAAACGCUUCGAUACCGACUGAGUAAACUCGCUAUCAAUUUUCCAAAGACUCGGUCGAGAGAUCAUCCGCCGUGUACGGUGUCCAUGCUCUCGGUGGGAAAUCUUACGAGUAUGCCGAUUUUUUCUGAAUUCAGAGCAGACUAACGAUAAGAUAUUGAUAAAAGACACGAUACAAUUUAUCUACUACUACUACUACUGCAUUACCGAGUAUACCUUUCGUACACGUACCGCAUACGCUUACAGAGGAAUACGAACGAAAUCGGUGAAUGACACACUGACAACAAAAAAAAAAACACACUAACACAGACGAGAAAUACGAUUUAUAGGAACACACAAGCAGCGUAGAGGCAACGCGGGCGGAUCCCCGCAUACGCGUUGAAUUUUUAGGAUUCCAUUUUCGAGUAUGUUGCGAAUAAGCAUACCCGUUUGCCGUAUACUAAUCUAUAAGACGAUCAAUCGUUUAAGAUCGAAGCAAAAGGAGAGCUAAUGCGUUUUAGGUGAAACAAAGAAAAAAAAGAAAAAAAAAAGAUAAGACAAACGACAACAGCGUAUUAUUUCCUCUAUCGAUGUAAAACUACCUAAUGGAAACUUAUUACCUACUAUUAACAUUACUUAACUCGUAAGGAGCAACAUAAUUAUAUAAGGAAUGAUAUAUUAUAUAUAUAUACAUAUAUUUUUGGUCAUUACGGACGUAUGCGAAAUGAGAAACGAGCCAAGGCUUUUUUGGCGCACGUAGGUGACAUUUUUUCACAAGGCGACAAUAUUUCUCUAAUCUCAGUUCUCUUAAGGCCGGUGUUCGACGCAAACAUCAUCCCACGUUUUACGAGACGUUGUUUAGCUUGAAACGCGAUCAAGAGAAAAUAGGAAAGAUUUUUUCAGGGAAUUCAGGGAAGAAAGAUUUCAAAUGGACAUCGUAAAAUUCUCGAUAAUUUUUUAAUAUCGGACUUAUUAAACCUUUCUUUUAUUCUAAUCAAAAUUUGAAAAAGUCAUAUGAGCGUGUGUGUAUUAAAGAGGGAGAGAGAGAGAGUGAGAGAGAGAGAGAGAGAGAGAGAGAGAGAGAGAGAGAGAGAAAGCAAGCAACUCUUCAAAGGAUACCCUUUUAUAGUCUGUGACAUUAAUGGUGCUUCCUGAGGACAACCGGAAUACGGAUAUCCUGGAAAUAUUUUACAAACUAUUAAAAUAGGGUAUCCUCGAGAUAUUUCGUUAAGAGUGAAAAGAUAGACUCACGUUUUAAGAAGAAAAAAUAACAGAGUAGAUAAAGAGAAAGUUGAAAAAAAAUAAAAGAAAAAAGAAUUAUUAUUCUCCUUUCAAAGGAUUUUACGAGUCCAAAAGAAAUCCUUCUGACGCGAUCGUACGUUCCUUGAAUUUUCAUUUAACAAAAAGGGACGGAUUUAUAGAGAGAUUUUCGAAGUGGUAGGAAACAAAAUUGCAAAUGAUAACGAACGGGCAAGUCAAGUAAGAAGAAGAAAAUGAAAAAAAAUAUAAAGUUAAAAAGUUUAAAGAGAGAGACAGACAGAGAGAGAGAGAGAGAGAGAGAGAGAGAGAGAGAGAGAGAGAGAAAGAAAACGGGGGCAUAAAAAAUAUUAUAGAGGAGACGCGUGAUCUCGACUCGGGUCUUUCUAUAUAAUACCGAAGUGCAGAAACAUUUUUCUUAAGCGCGAGUACGCCCGAUAACACUUUUUGAUACGAAUGCAAAUUUUCUACUACGUAGAGGAAGAGAUACAGCAGCAGCAGCAGCAGCAGCAGCAGCAGCCGCAGCCGCAGCCGCAGCCGCAGCCGCAGCCGUAGCAGCAGCAACAGUAACGUCGUUGUAGUGAUCUCACUCGAAUUAGGGUUUCGUUUUUUCACCGGGUUCCACGAGUAACGAUAAUAAUGAUGACAGACGAUGAUAACGAUAUUGUUGUUGAUGAUGAUGAUGAUGAUGAUGAUGAUGAUGUCGAAUGCGAGGCGUAGGAGCGAAUCUACGUUUCGGAAAGGUUUGCUUGUUUCUUUAAAAACGUUCUCUCUUUGGCCAGGAAGUUUUCGUAAAAAGAUCGAUCUCUUUGAGAGAUUGUUCAUUGAUAAUUCCAUAUUAGUAUCGCAGUUCGAAAUUCGAAUUGGAAAGGGACAAAAAAGAAAAAAAAAACAAACAAAACAAAAAAAAAAGAAAAAACAAAGAAACAAAGAAAAAACAAAAAACGACGUUCGUCGUUUCUUUCGUAUGAUAAAUGAUCGGUUGGACCAAUGGGUGAUAUUAGUUAGACGGUGUUAGGUGAAAUCAAAGUUGGGGAGGGCUUAUAAACUUAAAACGAGGAGUGCAAGAAAGUGAUGACAGGGACGUAGAUAUCGCUAAUCCGCUUUUCCUCGCGAGUAACGAGUAACGAUGAUAGAGGAAUCGGAUAAGAGGUAAGAGGGAGAAAAUAAAAUGAAAUACAGAGGAAGAAUGUGAAAGAGAAAAGAAUUAAGAAAUUUAGGAAGGAAGGGAAGAACGAUCCACGCACUCAUCUCAUGACACUAUUUUAAGAAAGAAUUUAAGAAGGAAUAAAAUAACCAAAAGAAAAAAAAAGCAAGCGUAACGACUGAAAGACUUUAGGCUGUAUAUAAAGUAUAAGGCAUGUAUGUUUGGUGUUUUAAAAAUGCAAAAAUUCCUUAUUAACGAAAAAAAAAGUUAUACCCUAUGCGAAAAAAAGUAAACAAUGUAAACAAGACUACUCUCUCGGUGUUUUUUGGAACUAAACUUAAAAAAAAUUUGUCCUAUUUAAAGGGAAAAAAACAAGUAUAAAAGAAUAAGGCGUGAGAAUAAUGAUGUAACUCUCUAAAGAAAAAAAAAA